CUUGCUGCAGUUCGUCACAGACAUUGGAUUUGCUAUAAAACACAACCACACCACCGAGUUCCGUUCAUUCGGAGUCGAACUCUUGAGCGGAAAAGAACAAAAAAGCGGAAAACCAAGAAACAGCGAAGACCAAAUACAAAUAGAAAAUCCUCAGCAAAACAAAAGCGAAGUGGUUAAAUAGUGAAUUGUAUGUGCGAAAAUCAAGCACGCGGUUAUAUAUAAAAUUAAGUAUAUAACAGCAAGAACAAGUCAAAAGUAGUUACGUGUGUAGCGAAGUUAUUGCUCGCGCGAAUUUGCAAACGAGUUUUUAAUACCACAGCAAAGAAUCUGAAAAAACUAAGAGCGACGCAGUGCAUUGUAAUUCGUCACUGGAAACGUGAAGCGAAACAAAGUCAUUGGAAAGUUCUAGAAGCGAAUAAGCAACAACAAUAGCAAAACAAGUGACUUCGUCGUAGUGGAGUGCCUUUUGUAGUGGAAUCAAUACUUUUGAACUCAUAUUUUGCCUUCCUCUAAUUCUAAACCGGCGAAAUGGCUUUCAUGAUGCCCGUAAUGAAGAACAACUAUGACAUCUACAAGGAUAGUCGUUCGCGCAAAACUUCAGAAUGCUCCACUACCAGUUCGAACGGUGGCGCACCCACAUUGUCUUCCGCCAUUGGUGGGGCACCCAGUGGGCGUGUGCGCAAAGUUUCUGAGUGCAAGUCAGAAAGUUUCGCCACCUCACCUUCGCACACCUAUCGCAUGCAGAUGCAGCGCUGUCAGUCAUCGCGCGCCUUUCCCCGCAACGCAUCGCGCACCUCGCACUCGUCGGCCGCUGGCGCCUUGUCGCCCACGCGCUCCUUCAGCCAGGCGUCCAGUCCGCCUAAGACGAUUAACACUGCGGAAAGCCAGAACGAUAUCACAAAAUUUCACUUGCGGCUGGUUGAAAAGCUCCGCAAGUCCUUUCGCAAGGACAGCGCCAAACGGUCAUGAGAACGCGAAAGCGCCCUCCAUCACAGCAACAGUAGUGGCAGCUAUCCCAAUGACGAUGGCAGCACAACAAAAGCAGAAAACAAUAAUUUCAAACAUAAUAGGGAAG